CCAGUUCUGAUUCUACAGUAGAGCUAGGGUCCUUCGCGCCAUUGUGGGAAUUUUUAUUGGCUCCAUUAUGAAAUCCUACGCGAUCCUAGCUUUAUGCUUCGCCGUUGCCCUCGGCGAAAAGAAGAUAAACCUCGAAGACAUAGAGAGGGACAAUCUGAAGUCGGAGGAGCAGUCGGAAGAGGAGAAUGUCCGACCAAACCAGCUCAAGUACAACUCGGCGAAUCCUGAGAGCAAUGCUCAGUAUCAGUAUCAGAGCGAAGUUCGGUCAGUCGGCAGUCAGCCGUCUCACGAAAUUAAAUAUCUGGUACAACCAGAAGCGUACAGCCAGGAACUGCAAGCUUAUCAACAACAGCAGCAGCUAUUGGCGCAAGCUCCUCAGCAAUUCUACAAUCCCGCCAGCUAUCAAGCGGAAGCUUACCAAUCCCCGAAAAUCGCACCUCAAAUAUCGUACCAGUCUCAAGUGACCGAUGGCUUGUCUUACCAGCCCGAGAUAUCGGUUGGUAACCAGAUCCAAAGCUACCAGCAAAAAUACGCGGCGCAGAAAUUUUCCCAGGGAAUUAGCAAAGGCAACGAUUACACGAAUCAGCAGCUGCUUUACUACGCAACUCCCGCAAGCGCUGGAUUGGGCGCCAAGAGUCAAGUGCAACCGCUUCUUCAUCGCCUCGCGUCGCAAGCCGCACAAAACGUGAAACUGCCCGCCACCUACAUUCCGUCAUUGAGCCAAUCGUCGAAAAUCUCGUACCAGCCGCAAACGCAAAUUAAAUACGUCUACGAACCGCAGUAUGUGCAGCCUGAGAAACCGACGUACGAAACGAAGGAGACGGGAAAAUUCGCAUACGUCGUUCCGCAAGCUUACUCAUCGGCGCAAGCCUACUCCGGACUAACCUACACUCCGCAAAGUCCGAUUUACACCACUCAGCCCAAGGUGGCCUACACCCAAGCUUACUACGUUCAGCCCCAGUCGACCCAGUACUACCAGAGACCUGCUUACACACCCUCCCUCGCGAGCCAGGGCAACACCCUGAGCUACACUAACAGCCAACCCUUCUACGUCUUCCCCAAGUUGGCCGAGCAGUUGGCGGCCCAGAUUUCGGAGCAGCAAACAUCUCACAGCAUCGCCCAAAGCUACUCCAAGAUUCCUCAGGAGCCACGCUACACUCUGAGCGUUCCUCAAGCUCCUGCUCAGAACUUCAAGAGCGAACAAAUCACUCAGCUGCGACCGGUUUUCUCAGAAAACUUACAGUCGAAUAACCACAUUCACUAUUCAUCCGGACCAAAAUCCCUGCUGGAUUCUUACACGCCGAGUAACGUGAUUGCGUCACACGAUAGUGAGAGGUACCGAGAGAGGCCGCUACGCCUGGAGAGCGGAUUUUUACCGUCCAAGGGAUCGUACGCUCACUCCUACAACCAAAAGCGAAAAGCUGAAUAAUUUUAAUGGAAAAUUUUGCGAGGAUCGAAAUUAACCAAUUUUAUAUAAUCUAAUCGCUUGCGAGCGGUCGGUACGAAUAGAAUCUUACCACCUAAUCUAGUCUCUCCUUAAGGGGCACGGCAUGUAAUUUUAUGUAUGUAUGAUCAUGUAAAUUUUUCUCUUUUAUACCCUUUCUUUUUUUAUAAAUAAACCACUGAU